CUAAAAGGCAUUUCAAUUUGUGCUCCAAGCAAACCUGAUGGUGAUGGCGACGGAGCCAAGCGCAUCCACCCUCGUGUUGCUCCUCACUCUCGCCUCACUCGUCGUCCUUGCGUCCGUACUAAGCCGCAAACGGAAAAACCAUAGGCGGCCUCCAGGCCCAUGGCGCCUCCCCUUGCUCGGAAGCCUCCACCACGUCCUCACGUCGCAGCCGCAUGUCGCCCUCCGGGACCUGGCCAAGAAGCACGGCCCGGUCAUGUACCUCCGGUUCGGCCAGAUCGACACCGUCGUCAUCUCAUCGCCGGCGGCGGCGCAGGAGGUGCUCCGGGACAAGGACCUUGCCUUCGCGUCACGGCCCAACAUCCUGGUCUCAGAGAUCUUCUGCUACGGAGGUCGCGACGUCGUCCUCGCGCCCUACGGCCCCUACUGGCGGACGACGCGCAAGCUCUGCACGAUGGAGCUGCUGAGCGAACGGAAGGUGCGGCAGUUCGCGCCCUUCAGAGACAGCCAGACCAUGUCCCUCAUCGACAACGUCCGCGCCGCCGGUCGGGGCGGCGGGCCGUUUAACCUUGGCAAGCUGCUCAUUUCCUGCACCAACACUAUCACCGGCAAAGCGACGUUCGGCCAGGUGUGUGACGGCGAGCUGCAGGAGCAGUUUAUGACCCUGAUCGGCCAGGCGAUGAAGAAUGCCGGCGGAUACACCGUCGGGGACCUGUUCCCAUCGCUGUGGUUUGUCGACACUCUCACCGGGCUGAGAGGCCGCCUGUGGCGUGCGCACCGGCAGCUGGACGCCAUCUUGGACAAGAUCAUCGCUGAUGAGUGCAGCAAGGAUGAACAAGGCCAACACCUUCUUGGAGUUCUGCUUAGGAUCAGGGAUGAGCGGAACGUUGAAUUCCCCAUCGACACGACAGACAUCAAAGCGAUCAUAUUGGAUAUGUUCACGGCAGGGACGGACUCGACGUCGGCAGCGGCCGAAUGGGUCAUGUCCGAGCUCAUGAGGAACCCCAAGGUGAUGGCCGAGGCGCAGGCUGAAGUUCGGCGUGCCUUGGACAACAAGAGCCCAAUAGACCAUGAAAAACAUAUAGAUGGGCUCCGCUACACCAAAAUGGUGAUCAAGGAGACCAUGAGGUUAAACCCUGUGGUGCCGUUGCUUGUCCCUCGUCUCUGUCGGGAAACCUGCGAUGUAGGCGGAUUUGAGGUCAAGGAGGGCACCAGGGUCUUAGUCAAUACGUGGGCGAUGGGGAGGAGCUCCGAGUACUGGGAAAACGCAGAGGAGUUCAUGCCGGAGAGGUUCGAGGAUGGCACAGCCACGUACAAGGCCUCACGGUUCGAGUACUUGCCGUUCAGCGCUGGGAGGAGGAAGUGCCCCGGCGAUACCUUUGGGCUGGCCACGCUUCAGCUCAUGGUGGCACGACUCCUCUACUACUUUGAUUGGAGCCUCCCUGCUGGAACACAUGAGCUCGACAUGGAAACAAAAGUGGGGGCAAAUGCGAGGAGGAAGAACCAACUGCAUCUAGUGGUGACCCCGUAUAAGGGUGCUUGAUAGCAGAUAAAUACUAUUACCUAUGUGCUUCUCUUCUUCUUUUCUGUACACAAAAAUAAAUUCACAGUGGAGUUGUAUUUGUGAAAUUAAGUUAGCGACCUCUCUAUGCCAGCACAUGGACAAGACGCAACACAUUUGUACUAGUAAAACACCUCAUGUAUCAUGGGAGGUUGUAUUUA